AUGACCAAGUCCGAAACUAUCACCGUAGCAUCUACCUCUCAACGAGGUGGUGACGGCCUGGGAUCUGAGAACGAGCAAAACAUGAUCUCUUCCAAUGCAGCAACUCCAGAUGAUGACCCUGUAUGCAUUGUUGGAAUGGCAUGUCGACUACCCGGUGGUAUCCGUUCUCCAGAUGAUCUCUGGGAUUUCAUGAUCCAGAAGAAGUCAGCCUAUGGACCUGUCCCAGCUGACAGGUACAACAUCGAUGGUUUCUACCACCCUCAAAGCAACCGCAGCGGAACAACAAAUGUCCCCGGAGGCUACUUCAUCAGCGAGGACGUCCGACAGUUUGACAAUGCUUUUUUUGACAUCAACAACCUUGAGGCCACCUACAUGGAUCCUCAGCAACGCAAGAUUCUCGAGGUCGUGUACGAGUGUCUUGUGAGCUCGGGCACUUCUAUGGAAGCUGUGGCUGGCUCUAAUACCGGCGUCUAUGUGGCAAACUUCACGGUGGACUAUCAACCUUUGCAGCUGAGAGACCCUGAUUAUCUGCAUAGAUAUGUGACGACCGGAUCAGGUGCCACUAUCAUGUCGAACCGGAUUAGCCAUGUCUUCAACCUUCAUGGACCUAGUCUGUCGGUAGAUACUGCCUGCUCUUCAUCUAUCUAUGCCUUACACCAAGCCAUCAAAGCUAUCAAGGCGGGAGAUUGUGACAACGCAAUCGUGGCUAGCGCCAAUCUAAUCUUAUCACCAGAGCCUCAUAUUGCUGCUGCCAAGAGCGGUGUUCUCUCAUCCACGGGAAUGUGUCUUACCUUUGACGAAUCCGCCAAUGGCUAUGGUCGAGCAGAAGGCGUCAAUUCUAUUUAUAUUAAGCGCCUGUCCGCUGCGGUGAAAGACGGAAACCCUAUCCGUGCAGUCAUCAGAGGAAGUGCAUUGAAUGCGAACGGGAGGACGCCUGGAAUAUCCCUUCCAGAUAGCGACUUCCAAGAACUGGCAAUGCGUAAAGCAUACCAGGAUGCCAACUUGGACGUUUCAGGAACUGAUUACGUCGAAUGCCAUGGUACCGGAACUGCUGUUGGUGAUCCUAUAGAGGUGGAGGCGAUUGGGAGAGUCUUUGACCGAGACUCAGGGAGCCAGCUUCUGCUUGGAUCGGUCAAAACAAAUGUCGGACAUAGUGAGGCAGCAAGUGGUCUCACAUCCAUGCUCAAGGUUGUAAAAUCUUUCGAGAAGGGUCAGAUCCCUCCAACUCGGGGCAUCGUUAACCUCAAUCCCAAAUUGAUUCUCGCUGAGCGUAAUCUCAAGAUUGCACAAGAUACACACAACUGGCCACGGGCUCUUUGUCGCGCAAGCAUCAAUUCCUUUGGGUAUGGUGGUGCUAAUGCUCAUGUCAUCCUUGAAUCCGGCGACAGUUAUUUCGGCAACAAACAUCCGAUGAGGCCAUCCAUGAACAACAUGGCGACAACAGGACAACAGAGAGCUUUAGUGUUGCCUCUAUCAGCAAGCUCGCUGUUCUCUCUCGAAGCGCUGGUCGAUGAUAUCUCCUCGAGGCUCCCUCGGCUUGGCCAUGCAAACGAGAUUGACUCGUUGGCUUAUACCCUUACCAAUGGGCGCGAUCACCUCAGUCACAGAACCUUUAUCCUAGCAGACCUUGACAAGAGUGGAAAACUCUUGCGAACAUUUCGAACAACAACUGGUGACGAUGAGUUCCACAUGAUGAAACCGCUGCCCCUUGGCUUUGUAUUCACUGGACAAGGAGCACAAUAUCCCGGCAUGGCCAAAGAGUUACUUGCCAGCUCUCAGCCUUUUCUCUCUACGAUCCGCCACCUCGACUCUGUGCUUCAAGCGCUCGCCACUGAACACGCUCCAGAUUGGACGCUGGAGGGGACAAUCUUACACUCAGACACAAACGUGAUCAACGAGGUAGAGCGUAGCCAACCAGUCUGCACAGCGGUUCAAAUUUCCAUUGUCGAGCUACUUCGCAGCUGGGGUAUUCAGUGCAACGCAGUUGUCGGACACUCCUCGGGCGAGAUAGCAGCAGCUUACUGUGCAGGCCUUCUCAGCGCCUCACAAGCCAUCACGGUAGCCUACUUCCGCGGAUAUGCUGCAGGAAGGAUGACUGCCAGAGGUACUAUGAUGGCAAUUGGACUAAGCGAUGCAGCUGCUGCACUCUUGAUCGAGAGCAAAGGACUCACAGAUCAGAUCCGCGUGGCAUGCGUUAACGCCCCUGAUAGUGUCACGUUGAGUGGUUCAGAUGAAGGAAUUCAAGUGCUGAAGCAGGCUUUGGAGAGUGACAGCAGGUUUUGCCGUCUGUUGCAAACUGGAGGUCGCGCUUACCAUUCUCCUAUGAUGGAAGAAGUUGGUGGUUUAUACGAAGAUUUACUUGUCCCCCUGUUCCGUGAAAAGGAUGCAAGGAAUGGUAUUCCUUGCAGAGCUUCAGGUGAAGUCACGAUGUGUUCAUCCGUGGGUUGCAGUCACGAGAGCCUCAGUAUAUUGGAUGAGAAAGUCAACAUGCCAGCAUAUUGGAGGAAGAACUUAGAGCAGCCUGUUCAGUUCAACUCCGCCCUCUCAAAUCUGAUCUCAAGCCAAGGCAAUCUGCAUCUCAUCGAGAUUGGACCACACUCAGCUCUGGAAGGCCCAGUCAAACAAAUCCGGAAAUAUCUUCAACUUACGGAAGCAACACUGCCCUAUUCAUCGGCUCUAGUCAGAAAGAAAGAUGCUGAUCACAGCGUCAAGGCACUUGCCGGAAAGCUCUUUUCGCACGGCCAUUCUGUGAUCUGGGAUGCAGUUAAUACUCUUCCCAACAAAGGAUUGAGAAUUCUUCAUGAGCUGGCUCCUUACCCGUGGGACUAUACGCGGAAUCAAGGUGUACUCUGGAGUGAACCUCGAGCCAGCUACGAAAUUAGGAACAGAAAGUUUCUACGUCAUGAACUUCUUGGGACGCGCGCUCUGACAGGUAAUGAUAUCGACUAUACAUGGCGGAAUCUGUUGCGUCUUGGCGAAAUACCUUGGCUGAAGGACCAUUGUCUAGAAGAUCAGAUUGUCUUCCCUGCAACGGGGUACAUGGCCAUGGCUAUUGAAGCUCUUUCUCAGAUCCUUGACGCGAAAGGAAAGCCAAUCGACGAGAUCUCCUUUGAGCUCCGCAACGUCAACAUCAGUGCCGCGCUGCAGAUUCCUAGUCAGGAGAGAGACGUCUAUUCGAGGGACACAGAUCUGGAACUGCAUACUACCAUGUCCGGUAGCAAGAUCUCCAACACUAGUAGCUCAGCUGAAUGGCAUGAGUUUUCUAUCUCAUCCUGGCAGGCUGGAAGAACCAUGCUUCACUGCAUGGGCAGCAUUCGUUUGACCAAGCCUCUGACAGCUCGAGAUAAACCGAGUGUUAGGUUAUCUGAGAUCGAUGGUUUUGACAAAUGGUCUAUGAACAAGUGGUACUCCAAAUGGCAUGAUGAAGGUCUCUGUUUUGGCCCUCACUUCCGGUCCCUUCACAGCCUACAGACAGAUGGGGGUCGAACUCGACAGGAGACAAUUGGGAUCACAAAACUUGAGCCCAUUCUUGACGGAAACGGCGGCACGUCUUACCCUCUUCACCCUAUCACCAUGGAUGCAGCUAUCCAAACAGCUGCACUGAGCACGGCGGCUGGCCACGUCGACUUCUUGAGGGCUUGGUUGCCGGUCUUCAUUUCUGAGUGUAGAAUCCAGCCUCCUUCAGGCGGUGUCGAUGCUGAGGUUGAGAUCCAAGCCUUUUCGGAGCAAACUGGCUUAUCCAGCAGAUCCAUAACAGCUACAGUACGAGAUUCGACUGGAAAGCCCCUCAUGGACUACGCCGGUCUUCGUGUUGCUUUAUACACAGGGAAAAAUGCAGCUGCAGUCGAGUCGUCUACCAUCAGCAAAAGCAGCGGUAAUAGCUUUUCACACGACCUGUAUACACAGCGCAAUCCAACUCUGAGAGUGACGUGGAAACCCGAUAUCCAACGCCUCGAUUCAAGUGGCCAAGAGAGUCUGAGGAACUAUUACAUCACCGAUUUCGUGGACCAACAGACCGAUGACGUGCGUGACGACGAAAGUCUAUCCAUCACGAGCGCCCUCCUUGAUCUCGCUGGGCACAAGAAUCCACGCAUGCGUGUUCUUGAGCUGGGUGGCGACGGGCUGGGGUACAAGUCAAAACAUUGGCAAUUAGCCUUGUCCAAAGAUACGGCUUUUUCAAGGUGCCGGUCCUGGCAUGUUGGAACUUUGACAGCGGAUGGAGACAUAUCGCUGGAGACAGAGGAUGGAGAGGCUCCAUUUGAUGUCUUGUUACUUCCGAGACACGAUACUUCGAGGCAAUUCUGGGAUCGGUUUCCCAGACGGCUCAGUGACUUGCUGUCAGACCAGGGCAUUAUUAUCACUCGAGCAACGGACGUCAGCAUGACAGAGAUGGAGGCCGCUGGCCUCAUCCCUACCCGUGACCUUCUUCACCUAAUCGCUAACCUUCCCAAGCGUGCCGAGAAUGCUUCCGCCACGGUAAUAGAACUUGGUGCGACUUUAUCGGCAAUGCUAUCGGAACAAGUCGGUAUAUCCCAUGUCACCAGCAUCAAGUUUCAUGAGCUAGACACUGUCGAGAUCUGUGAUGUGGACAUAUGUAUCUCCCUGCUCGAAUUAGAGAACGAAUUCCUGGCGACUAUGAACCCACAGGACAUGGAACGACUGCGCUCCAUAACAUCUACAACGACAAACCUCUUGUGGAUCACUGGCGCAAACAUGCUAGGCCCUACUCCAAACCCCAACUUGACGCUCUCGAACGGUUUGUCACGGGCUCUUAUGCUUGAACAGCCUGCACUACGAUUCUCCAUCCUAGACGUUGGAUCACUCACUGAUCUUGACACGGAGUUGAUAUGCUCGAGUGUUACCAAAGUCCUUGGACGUGUCCAUGACAGAGACGACUGUGAGUUUAUACAAAAAGACGGCCUCCUGCAUAUUAGCAGAUAUUGUCCCGACGUCCAGCUCAAUUCACUCUUCCGCCGGCGUCUUGGACUUCGCGCUGGUAAGGAUUUGGAACCGUUGGCGAGUUCGCACCCUGCAAGACUAUCGAUUGAUCGCAUUGGGGCGAUGGACUCGCUCUUCUUUCAGACAUUGUCUGAGCCUACUACUCACGCCGCUCUGGGCCCUGGGUAUGUUAAUGUCGACGUGAGAGCAGUGAGUCUUAACGCUAAGGAUGUGUACACUAUGAGCGGGCGAGUGGAUACACGGAAUAUGACUACGGCAUUUGACUUCUCAGGCCUCGUCACCUCAGUUGGCCCAAAUGUUAGCCAUGUCGCGGUGGGUGAUCGCGUUGUCGUAUCAGCUCCUCACCAUCUUGGAACAGCGGUUCGUGUACCAGCUGGAUGCGUGCACAAAAUGAUGUCGGAUGAGGAAUUUACGGUGAUGCCUUCCAUGAUGGUCAUAUACCCCACGGCGUUAUAUGCCCUCAACGAGCGUGCCCACCUACGAUCCGGCGAGUCUAUACUCAUACACGCUGGCUCCGGAGGUCUCGGCAUCGCCGCUAUCAUUCUGGCCCACAGGAUAGGUGCCACUGUAUACACCACCGUUGGAUCAGAUGUCAAACGCGAGUAUCUCAUUAACGAGUUAUACAUCCCAUCUUCACAUAUCUUCAACUCCCGCGACUCGACCUUUGUCCAAGGCAUCAUGAACGCAACAAAUGGCCGUGGAGUCGACGUCGUUCUCAAUUCCUUAGUCGGCGAUCUAAUGCACGACAGUUGGCGCUGCUUAGCUGACUUUGGACGUUUCGUCGAAGUUGGGAAGCGAGAACUCGUCGAUGUAGGCAAAUUAGACAUGAGCGUGUUUCUUCGUAACGCCACUUUCACUGCAUUUGAUCUCUCGGAGCUGUUCUACUCCCAGGACCUCUUCCAUCGAUCCAUUUGGGACAGACUUAUAAGUGAGGCAUUACAGCUCUAUCGCGACGGAGAGAUUCAGCCCCCUCCUAUCAAGGUCUUUGAUGUUAGUCAGAUUGCUCAGGCAUACCGAAGUUUCUUGAGCAAGGAUCGAGUGGGCAAGAUUGUGAUUUCCUUGGAGGAUCAGCAAGCUCGAGUGCCGGUCGCCCCACCACUGUAUUUGAGUGUCUUUGACCCUGAGAAAGUAUACUUUCUCGUCGGAUGCCUUGGAGGGCUAGGACGUAGCUUGAGCCGAUGGAUGAUGACACGAGGAGCUCGUCGGUUUGUAUUCCUAGGCCGUUCAGGUGCGGACCGACCGAGUGCACGUCAACUAAUCUCCCGGCUCGAACAAGCCGGUGCCACUGUCGAAGUAGUCCGUGGCGACGUCUGCAGCUUGUCCGAUGUCACGAAAGCAGUUGAAGCGUGCAUCAGUGCGGGCAGACGUAUAGGUGGUGUAGUCCAAGCCGCCAUGGGUCUUUCCGAGUCUCUCUUCGUAAGCAUGUCCAAUGAGGCCUGGCACACUGGCAUCGACCCCAAGUGGCAGGGAACCUGGAACCUCCACAACGCCCUGCAGGUCCACGUCGAUAAAGACCAAAGCAACGAGCCUGAUUUCUUCCUCCUGACCUCCUCAGUCUCAGGGACUGUCGGUACAGCUACUGAAAGCAACUACUGUUCGGCCAAUGGCUUUCUCGACGCUUUUGCUCGAUGGCGUCGCGCGCGCGGCCAGGCUUGUGUUUCGGUUGGUCUAGGUAUGAUCUCGGAAGUGGGUUACCUGCACGAGAACCCUGAGAUCGAAAGCUUGCUUCUGCGCAAAGGGAUCCAGCCAUUGAACGAAGAUGCGUUCUUGCAGAUCGUCGAUCUUGCGUUGACUAGCGAGAAAGACGGUAGGGUUGAUGACUCACAUCUCCUCACUGGCUUAGAGUUUGCGGCGAUUCGAGAGCUCAGUGCCCAAGGGUUCGACGUUACCAGCCACGGAGUCCUCAACGAAGCACGCUCCUCUAUCCUACUAGCCUCCGUGUUGGCGGAAAAGGAGGCUCGGGAUGUAGCUCCUUCAGACGGCAACGUAGCUAUUGUCGCAGCGGCAGAAUGGUUCAAGAGCAUUCCCUCGGCUCUGUCACCCGUUUUUGCCCCGGUCGCAGACUUCGCUACCUUGCGCAUCGCCAUCAUGCACCUGAUCAAGACGCGCUUCUCUAAUCUCAUCCUGGUCCCAACAGACCAGAUCAGCGAGGAUAAGCCGCUACCUAACUUUGGUGUUGAUAGCAUGAUUGCGUCAGAGUUUCGCUCAUGGUUCUGGGCAGUUUUACGGAUAGAUAUCCCCUUCUUGGACAUUAUGAGCACUAAAACGAGUUUGGAUACGUUGGCAGAGUUGGUAGAAGGGAAGCUUUAG